UCACAAAUACAUUUCUGUUUUCACUGACAACCAGAGUGUAAACAUGGCUUUUUUUAUUCUAUAUAUUUUUAUUUUACUUUUUUCUUAUAUUCACAAUAAUAAUGGAAUUCCUACAAAUUAUCUGAAUGAAUCUCAACAUAAAAUGAUUAAAGAUUGUGAGAAAUUCAAUGCAACUGCAGAUUCUUAUACAACACCACCAAUGGAACAAGCAGUUCUUGGAAUGGUGGCUGCGGCUGUCAUUAUCGUCCUGCUUUAUAAGAUUGGUAAGCAGCUAAAAAAGCUGAAGGAUAGAAUUGUGGAAGAUAUAGAAAAGCAGGAGAGGAACACAUCAGCAGGAUCUUCGAAUGGGAUGAAAUGGUCAAUUAUCGUCAUUGAUGAGACAUCCACUGGGCCUGAAAAAACCGUGUAUAUAAUUGAAGGAGGCCAUAACAGAGCUGAAAGUUCAGUGUCAACUAAAGUGGAUGCUGGGAAAGAGAUCCCAAAUGUCAUUGAAGAGGAAGAGAUAACUAACUCUGUUCCAACGAAGGAACCAGAGAAGGUAGAGGCAAAUAUAAAGGAUUCUGGGGAAGAGAAUACAUCACAAGUCCCUGUAGAAGGAGAAAAACUUAAAGAUGAAUUGGAGAUAGAGGAUAAACAGCUCCCUAAUGAGAAAUGUGAGAAAGAGGAAGAACAGAUUCCAUGUGAGGAAUAUGGAAAUGCUGAGGAAAAGAAAAUCAGCAAAACUGAUACCAGAGAUGGUAUCAAGAAAAAGAAAGAGUGGUUGAAGUCUAUCUUCAAAGGUAGAAAGAAAGCAAAGAAAGACAAAAACAAUGACAAGAAAUGAAAAUGUGAGCAUUGUGGGCAGAGCAUAAAAGAGAAAAAGUAGUCCCUUAUUCCAGAUUACUACAGGACCCACACGUUUUUCCUCAAGGAAAAUGCUGAAACAGUAGUGUAACUAAGGGGCCUGCG